GUGGGGCUCGGCCUUCGAACCGUACGUGAGACGAGUUUCUGCCUCAUUUUAUCCAAAAACUGGGAUUAAAAUUGUGAGAUUGAGAUGCAGUAUAUUAAUUGUUAGUAAGAGAUUAAAAUGUAAUGAUUUCACACUUGCACAAAUAGUCAACAUUUUAAUAUAUCAUCAAAUUUGUAUUUUUUUUUUAAAACGGAUCAAAUUUGCAUUUUAUAAGUAAAUUAAGGAGAUUUUUUUUUUAUUUUAUUUUAAAUAUGAACUUAUUAACCCUUAUCGUCUCAGUAGCUUUAAUUAAUCAAUUGGAUCAUGGGAAUUAAAUAAAGGGAACUAGGAUAAUUAGGUUUUACAGCAAAAUCGCAAAGGACAAAAGAAAGGAAGCAGCAAUAAAAAGAGUAGGAAUAGCCAAAACAAAACCCAGAAACAGCUAAGAUUAAGGAAGGUGACAGGAAGUAGACGAAGAUCAUAUAGUUUUUUGAUAAGUACCCUGUCUUAUUACCUUUUAUCUUGUAUUUUCCAAUUCAACAAAAUGCUAAUAAUGGAUUCAAUUAAUAUUAUUAUUAUUUGUUAAUUACACAGUCAAUUCAUAUUCAUGACCCCAUCACAGAUUCAAUCAACCCCACCUCUCAAAUCUUAAUCUCCCUCAACAACUACUACUUAAGGGAAGAAUGAGAGAGAAAGUAACAUUACUCUUUUAUUUUCUGGCUUCAAUUUUCUUCAUCAAAAAUUAAUAGCAACUGUUCAUAAUUCAGGCAUUCUUUUUAGUCAUCAAAUUCAGGAGUAGAAAUUUCAAAAAUGUGUAAAAUGGAAGAUGUAGUAGACAAUUCAGUCAAUGUGACUCCUCCACCAGCACCUCCAUUGCCCUGUGCACAAUCUAAGAGGGUUUUGGUUAAGUCUAAGGGCAUGUCAUCUAACAGAGACCAAUGCUCUGUGAGCAAUGCAACCACGGCUUUGUAUGACCGCCUUUUCGAUGAAGCUUAUCGAGCUGAUGUUGUCGUUCAUACAGAUGAUGGUGGCCAGAUUUAUGCCCAUGCUAAUAUUUUGGGCAUGACAUCUCCAGUGAUCAGACACCUGGUGAAGGAAUCCAAAAGCAAAAAUCGACGAAGAUCCAUCACAAUUCGUGGUGUUCCACAUGAUGCAGUUCGUGUUUUCAUUAGAUUUCUCUACUCUUCAUGCUAUAACCCAGAAGAUAUGGAAGAAUAUAUUCUGCACCUUCUGGUAUUGUCUCAUGUGUAUGUGGUUCCUCACUUGAAAAGAGAGUGUGAGGUGCAGCUAGAGAAUGGCUUGCUUAACAUAGAGAACAGUGUCGAUGUUUUCCAGCUUGCUCUUCUAUGUGAUGCCCCAAGGCUCAGCCUCAUUUGUCACCGGAUGAUCUUGGACAAUUUCAAGGCUGUCUCAGCCACCGAUGGCUGGAAUGCGAUGAAAGAGGCUCACCCAAUCCUAGAAAGAGAGAUUCUAGCGACUGUGGCCGAAUCUGAUAGAAGACAAAGGGUACUCUUUAGAAAGAGGAAGGAGAAGGAGAUGUAUGUACAACUGUACGAGGUCAUGGAAGCUUUAGUCCAUAUAUGCAGAGAUGGAUGCAAAACAAUUGGCCCUCAUGAUAAAGCACUAAAGGAAGACGAACAUCCUUGUGGGUACACGGCCUGCAAAGGACUCGAACAGUUAGUCCGACACUUUGCUGCCUGCAAGCUUAGAGUUCCUGGUGGUUGCGCUCAGUGUAAGAGGAUGUGGCAGCUCUUUGAAUUACACUCCCGCCUUUGCAUUGACUCUGAAGCAUGCAGAGUUCCCUUAUGCAGGAACUUCAAGGACAAAAGUAUGAAGCAAAACAAGAAGGAAGAAAUGAGGUGGAAAAUAUUGGCAAGAAAGAUAGUUAGAUCCAAGAGUGUCUCCGGAGCGCCAUUCUUUUCUUUGGCUAGCUCCACAUGACAAUGUAAUGAACAACUUUCAGCUACUUGACAAUUGAAUAUAUAAAAUUCUUUAUUCUUUAUUCUUGGCA